AUGAUUGAUGAAGUUCUUUCUCUUAUGAUUAAAAAAGCUGCUUCAAUGGAUCUUAUUGCUGGCUUCAAACCUGCUCCUCAAGGUACUGUAAUUAAUCACCUACAGUUUGCUGAUGACCUCAUAGUGUUCAUUGAUGACAACACUGAGCAAAUUUCAAAUCUGAAAAAUAUCUUGUUUGCUUUUGAGCUUAUUUAUGUGCUUAGAGUAAACUUUAAGAAAAGUGUUGUGUUACCUGUGGGGGAGACUCAAAAUGCAAGAGCUUGUGCUGAUUUAUUUGGGUGUUCUUGUAUUAGUUUCCCUGUAAAUUACUUGGGAAUUUCUUUGGAUAGUAAGUCAAAGGCUUCUUCUGUUUGGGAAACCAUUCUUCAAAAAUUUCAGAGGAAAUUAAAUAGUUGGCAGAGAGAGUAUAUUUCUAAAGGGGGUAGAAUCAUUUUAGUUAACAUUGUUUUAUCUAGUUUUCCUAUAUAUUAUCUUUCUCUUUUUCAGUUACCAAAAUCUGUGGAAAAGGAAAUGGAGAGGAUUAUGAGACAUUUCAUUUUGGGAGGCUCUAAAACGGUCAAGAAAAAAGGUUGGGUUGGAUGGGAUAGAGAUAAUACUUCAAAAGAGAAUGGUGAUGUAGGUAUCAAGAAACUCAACAUUAUGAACAAAGCACUUCAUGCUAAGUGUAUUUGGAGAUAUGGAAAUGAAAAAGAUGCACUUUGGAGGAAGGUGGUUAAUCAGAAAUUUGAUGGCAAUUCUAUGGCUUUUUCCCCUAAUUCUUAA